AUGCUGCUGCGAACCGCUUGGAGGCGGGCGGCCGCGGCUGUGCGGGCCGCUCCGGGACCCAGGUCCGAGGCGCCCGCUCGGGGGCUGCGCCUGCGCGUUGUAGAUAAUGCCCCCCAGUCCGCUGUUCCCUCAGAUACAGCCACUGCUCCGGAGGUGGAGUCAGUGCUGCGACCUCUGUAUAUGGACGUCCAAGCUACAACUCCUCUGGACCCUCGGGUGUUGGAUGCCAUGCUCCCUUACCUGGUCAACUACUAUGGAAACCCACACUCCCGGACACAUGCUUAUGGCUGGGAGAGUGAGGCAGCCAUGGAACGUGCUCGCCAGCAAGUAGCAUCUCUGAUUGGGGCUGAUCCUCGUGAGAUCAUUUUCACCAGUGGCGCUACUGAAUCUAACAACAUAGCAGUUAAGGGGGUGGCCAGGUUCUAUAGGUCACGGAAAAAACACUUGAUCACCACUCAGACAGAGCACAAAUGUGUCUUGGACUCCUGCCGUUCACUGGAAGCUGAGGGCUUUCAGGUCACAUACCUCCCGGUGAAGAAGAGUGGGAUCAUCGACCUGAAGGAACUAGAGGCUGCCAUCCAGCCAGAUACCAGCCUGGUCUCAGUCAUGACUGUGAACAAUGAGAUUGGAGUGAAGCAGCCCAUUGCAGAAAUAGGACAGAUUUGCAGUUCCAGAAGGGUAUAUUUCCAUACCGAUGCAGCCCAGGCUGUUGGAAAAAUCCCACUUGACGUCAAUGACAUGAAAAUUGAUCUCAUGAGCAUCAGUGGUCAUAAAAUCUAUGGUCCCAAAGGGGUUGGUGCCAUCUACAUUCGCCGCCGACCCCGUGUACGUGUGGAGGCCCUGCAGAGUGGAGGGGGGCAGGAGCGGGGUAUGCGGUCUGGGACAGUGCCCACACCCUUGGUGGUGGGGCUGGGGGCCGCGUGUGAGGUGGCACAGCAAGAGAUGGAGUAUGACCAUAAGUGGAUCUCAAAGUUAGCAGAGCGACUGACAAAGAAAAUAAUGAAUAGCCUUCCCGAUGUGGUGAUGAAUGGGGACCCUGAGCACCAUUACCCAGGCUGUAUCAACCUCUCCUUUGCAUAUGUGGAAGGGGAGAGUCUGCUGAUGGCACUCAAGGAUGUUGCCUUAUCCUCGGGGAGUGCCUGCACAUCUGCAUCCCUGGAGCCCUCUUAUGUCCUUCGAGCAAUUGGCACUGAUGAGGAUUUAGCUCACUCUUCUAUCAGGUUUGGCAUUGGCCGUUUCACUACAGAGGAGGAAGUAGACUAUACAGUGGAAAAGUGCAUUCACCAUGUGAAGCGUCUUCGAGAAAUGAGCCCUCUCUGGGAGAUGGUACAGGAUGGCAUUGACCUCAAGAGCAUCAAGUGGACACAACACUAGAAGAGUAGGCCUCUGACUUUGUGCUGACCUGGCUUCUGCCUCAUCAACCCAUGCUAACCUGGGUAUCUUGUUACACCCAGUGGACGCUUCAUGUUCAAACCACAAUUGGUGUAGCCCAGUUGACUUCAGCAUUUGUCCACCUCCAAGAUAGAAACAACAAGAAAACUAUCUUUCCUGAGCCUCAGCUCCUUUGUUGGAGAACACUCAACAUU